AUGAGCCAAGCAGCGUCUACCAGCAACGCCACUCUCAUCGGAGGAGCCAUUGCAGCGGCAGCGGCAUCAUUUGCCGUGACGUCAGUCGUUCGGGAUUACAUCUUCCGUCUUCAAGCGCAAGCCGAUAUCUGGUCCGAUGUGGUCGAGCAGUCCGCUCCCAUCGAAGACGAAGGCGACGAGGACGAGUGGUACAAAUCAGCCGCCAUGGUGUCCACCCCAACCGUCAAGACGGUAUCGCUUCCAGUCGAGUCUUCCGCGCCUGCAUCUAGACAGUCGCACGCACGCUCUGACAGCAUUACGAGCACUUCGACGGCUGAGAGCAGUGUCGGUGCUCGGACCCCCUCAGAAUCUGAAACGGAGUACUUUGAAGAGCACAAGGACGACUUGAACGAUGGCGUCUUCAUCGCUGCUUUGCCCAGGACCCGAGAAGCUCAUCCGCGAGUGGUUCUCGUGUAG